UGGUAUACUCUCUCCCUCUCUAAGGCCAACACAAAUAAGUAGUGCUCUACUCAGUCUAGCUACACCACUUCUCUAGUUCUCUCUCAGGCCAAACCCAAUUACCUCUCUCAUUUUUUUUCACUCUUCAAGGCCAACACACAUAAAUAGAGCUCCUCUCAAUAUAACUACAACCCUUCUCUAGAUUCUCUUUCUCUCAGGCCAAUGCCAAUUAACUCUCUCUCUCUCUCUCUAGCUAAAGCCAAUUAACACAUACAUAGAGCCUCACCUAGAAUCCUUUUUCUCCUUUCUAUCCCUCUCUCUCAAUCAAGAUUUACAAAAAGAAUUAAUGCCAAUGAAUAGCACACCAGGAAAAAACCUCAACCUUUGCUUCACAAAGAUCAAAUGGCCUCUUGCACCUCAAUCAUCAUCCUCUCCCCGAGAUGAUCAUGACCAUCACAACCACACGUUCCCCUCCACCUCAUCAUCAACCCUCAUCAAAAACUUCAACUCCCUCUAUGACACAACCACCUUUGACUCCACCUCCAAGUCCAUCAGCCACUCCUCCUCCUCUCUCUCCACCACCACCACCACCAACACCAACACCUCCUCUUCCUCAGAACCCGACUACGCUGCCGCCUUUGCCUCCCAACGCUUCUUCUUCUCCUCCCCUGGCCUCUCCAACUCCAUCAUCCAACCCACCAUUAAUAUCAAUGCUGACUCAAAAUCUCCAUCCCCUCAACAACCCCAUAAUAACAAUAAUUGUACACUGGUCAACAACAGUGUGGCGGUCCCGACAUACUCACCAGACCCUUACAAUGACUUCCGUCGGUCCAUGCAGGAAAUGGUGGAGGCGCGUGAAUUAGAAGAUGAGCGCGUGGACGUGAAAUCCGACUGGGAAUUCUUGCAUGAGCUUCUUUUGUGCUAUCUAGCACUCAACCCUAAGAACACCCACAAGUUCAUUGUGGGAGCUUUUGCGGAUUUGAUUGUUAGCCUCAUGUCACAGCAGCCCAUCAAUGAGUGUGAAUUUUCACAACGGUAAGACUUUUGUGCUUGAAAUGUGGUCAAGUCAACAAAAAAAAAAAAAAAAAA